AGUUGAUUUGAGGAGACAGAGCACGUGCAACCUUUUUUAUAAUUAUGUUCGUAGUCCAAAAACAAAAGUGCUUCGCCCUGUAAGAUAGAGAAGAAAAAAACGGCGAAAAUAAAAAAAUUGGGAAACAUAUGAUUUUUGUAUCAGCCUGCUCGACGUGUAUGAUAAGUUAAAGAAUUAAAAUCAAUCACAUUGUUCUAUUGUUCAUUUUUCCGUGGAAGAUUUCCUUUUAUGAUUUUGGACCGAUACAACGAGCCAAGCCGUAGCAAAAUGAGCAUCUCUGAGGUGGAGGAGGAGUGCCCCCUCGUCGGGCACACUAGUAACGGGAACGAAGUACGAGUGGAAGUGGAAAAAUCGGUCAUGGCAGAAGAUGUCGCGGGACCGUCGGAACUAGAUAAUGCCGGAGCUGCAACAGGGUCGUCGGGCUCGGAGGCGUCAGCAACAGCAACGGCAUCAACUUCAUCUGCAGCUUCAUGCCUCCUGAGGUGGAGCCCCUCGCUGAUUAUCACUAUCCUGUCGAUCCUGGUUGGCGUUCUUGCGGUGCUGUUGGUGUCUUUUGCGGUAAUGUGG